AUGUCUAAGCCUUCUGUCGCAAUCUUCGGUCUCAACGGUACCUUGGGUGCCCCAACUCUCAACGCUAUUCAAACCACUUUCGCUGACAAGUUCCUGUUCCCAGUUUUGGCUGUCACCAGAGACACCUCUAAGGUUACUUCUACUGACAAGGUUAAGUACAUCAAGGGUGACUACAUCAACGGUACUUCCGAAUUGGCUGAACAAUUGAAGGGUACUGAUGUGAUUAUCGAAUUGGUCUCCCCAAACCCAGAGCUUUUCGCCGCCAUUGAGACCAUUGUUACUCAAGUUAAGCCAAAGUUGUUCAUUCCAACUCAAUUUGGAUGUGACUUGGAGGCUGCUGCCAAGACCUUCCCAGGCUUCUUGGGUAUCAAGAAGGCUCACUCUGACAAGAUCAGAGAGACCGGUAUCAAGGUCGUUGACGUUUACAACGGUUUCUUUGCUGAAGGUGCUUGGUUGUACGAAGUCAUCGGUCACGUUGGUGCUGACCUUGAGAGCAAGACUGUGACUUACUUCAACUCUCCAAGUCUCGCCUUCUCUUACUCCUCCCUUAAGGAUGUCGGAUUGGCCAUCGCUUCUAUUGCUUCCAAGCCUGUCUCUGAACUCCCAGACAAGGUGAGAAUCCAAUCCGGUACUGUCACCUUUGAGGAGGUCGUCAAGAAGUACGAGGAAACUCACAAUGUUAAGUUUGAAGUUAAGGAAGUUGUUCCAAAGGAGGAAGUUAUCAAGCAGAGCAAGGAAGUCUGGGGCCAGGGUUUCAACCCAGCCAAAUUCUUGUACUACUUGCAAGUUCUUGCCUCUUUGGGUCCAGAUGGUGGUGUCACCUUCAGCUCUCUAACGAUGAUGAGUUGGUCAACCCAGGUGAGUCUUUGUGGAAGUGGACUAAGUACUAAAGUACUUGGCCUCUUAAAGCGAGAACUAUUUGAGGAUAUGAUUAGUUAA